UUUCGUUUUUCUAUUCGGGUGUUGGGUCUCCACUUCUUCCUUUUCCGUGUCCCUCUUUGGAAGAGAAUCACGAAGAAGAGGUUCUAGGGUUAUCUCUCUGUCUCUCUCUUUCUCUUUCUCCCUUAAGCGGCUCUGCUCGAGAUCCAGGUUUCGUAUUGGAUUCAUGAAGCAUUCUUAGGGCUUAUGACAUUGUUUUCUCUCUUCGAGCUUCUCCCAAGCUGAGUUUGUUCUUUUUCUGUUGAUCUUGCUGUUUCUCUCCGGGAUUUAUUUGCUCGAGUCUCACGGGGUGUGAAUCAUUCUCUGCAAAAAUUUCAUGCGUAAAUCAUUAUUCUGCAAAUUUUAUUGCGUAAAUCAGUGUCCCACUUGUUCGUUUUGGCGAGAGUUCGUGAUUUGUGACGAAGGGGAGAGUUUUCCUAUCUGUUGAACGACUGGAGAAUCGCUGGUUUUUUAUGGUAAUCUUGAUUUAGGAUUUAGGGGAUUAACCUUAUGGCACCAACAGUUCUUGUAGAGUACACUGGGAUGAAGGAAUCAAAGAAGUACCCACAGAAAGUCUUGGCCGCAAUGACGGGGAAAACACAGAAGUUCUCGAAAGGAUAUUCUUCUGGAUUUGUGUCGGACUAUCGUCUUGCUGUUGAAACCAUGGGUGAAUCUGAGGGCUUCGGUAGUUCAGAUCGAGUAGAUACAGAGAUGACAGCUUCAGAUGAUUCUUGCGCCCCCAAAAGGAAGUGUAUUAGUUUGAACGUUGAUACGUGUGAUGGCUUUGGUGUCCCCUUACAGGUCAUUUCAGUAUCAAAGAUGUCUCAAUCAGAAAGAAAGGAUUUAGAAAUGAGGCUCAGAGCGGAUCUUGAGCAGGUUAGGGUGCUUCAGAAAAGAAUUGCCUCGCGGAGUACAAAUGGUGUUGCAUUGUCGUCUUCCAGUGACAUUCGCAGUUGCAGCGAUGGUCAAAGAAGGCCUCCGGUUGAGAAUUUUCCAAGGUCUUCCGAGUUGUCAGCUGGGCAGGGCAAGAAACGGGUUCCUUCGGGCCGCAAUGGUCCCCACUUGAAACGGGGCAUUUCAGGGAGGUUUGAAUCUAUGAAUCGGGGUGCUCCUUCUAGCACGACAAAUGUGAUGUUGAUGAAACAGUGUGAGACAUUGUUGAAACGUUUGAUGUCACACCAAUUUGGUUGGGCCUUUAACACUCCUGUGGAUGCUGUAAAGUUAAACAUCCCAGAUUAUUUUCAAGUUAUCAAGCAUCCCAUGGACUUUGGGACAAUAAAGAGCAAGAUAGCUUCUGGAGAAUACUCGAGUCCAUUGGUUUUUGCGGCUGAUGUGAGGCUUACUUUCUCAAAUGCAAUGACCUACAAUCCACCUGGAAAUGAUUUCCAUAUUAUGGCUGAUACACUCAGAAAUUUUUUUGAGAAGAGAUGGGAGCCUAUUGGAAAGAAACUUUCCUCUACUGGUUCACAGACAGUGACUGUGAAAUCUAAUGUUCCUGGGGAAAUUGAACCUGUUAAGCCAAUGCCUCCCUCGAAGAAGAGGAAGAUCGUGGCAAACCAUAAUGUCAAGACAGAGCCUGUUAAACGGAUCAUGACAGAUGAAGAAAAACAUAAUCUGAGCAGAGAAUUGGAGUCUUUGCUAGGAGAUAUGCCGGAGAACAUUGUCAAUUUCCUGAGAGGGCAUAGUUUCAAUGGAGGCCAAACUGGGGAGGAUGAGAUAGAGGUUGAUAUUGAUGCUCUCAGUGACGAUACAUUAUUGACACUACGAAAGCUUCUUGAUGAUUAUUUGCAGGAGAAACAAAUGAGUCAAGCAAAAGCUGAGCCUUGUGAAAUGGAGAUUUUGAAUGAAUCAGGACUUAGCAAUUCAUCAAUGCCUUGCAAAGGCAAUGAACCUGUUGAUGAGGAUGUAGAUAUUGGUGGAAAUGAUCCUCCUGUUUCAAGCUACCCUCCAGUAGAGAUAGAAAAAGAUAUGGCUCAUAAAAACAGUAAAGGCAGUAGUUCAAGUAGCUCCAGUAGUGAAUCUGGCUCUUCAUCUAGUGAUUCGGACUCUGGCAGUUCUUCUGGAAGUGAUUCUGAGGGUGCUAAAGCUUCAUCUCCAGUAAAUACAACAAAGGAGAACUUGGGUUCUGAGGCAGAUAUAGACAAAAAGAGAAGUGAGUUGAUUGACCCACAAGAUGGAAAUCAAUCUAUUAGUGGGUUGGAUCAAGUUGAGCAGAAUCCCCAAAUCAGGCCACCUUCUGCAGAGGCAGAUCCUCAAGAGGGGGAGAGUGCUCCAUCUGAGAGGCAGGUCUCCCCCGAAAAGCUUUAUCGUGCAGCUUUAUUGAGAAGUCGUUUUGCUGAUACCAUCCUCAAAGCUCGAGAAAAGACACUUGAUCAGGUUGAAAAGGGAGAUCCUGAGAAACUGCGGCGUGAGAGAGAGGAACUUGAAAGGCAGCAAAGGGAAGAAAAAGCUCGGCUGCAAGCAGAAGCCAAGGCUGCUGAAGAUGCUCGAAGGCAAGCUGAAGCAGAAGCUGUCGCUGAAGCCAAGCGGAAGAGGGAACUUGAGAGAGAAGCGGCACGUCAAGCAUUGCUGAAGAUGGAAAAGACUGUUGAAAUUAAUGAGAAUUGCCACUUUCUGGAGGACUUAGAAAUGCUUAGGGUUGCCCCUACUGAGCAUUUACCAAGCUCUGUCGAUGAAACAAGCCCAGAUCACUCUCAAGAUGGUAUAGGCAGUUUCAAGCUGAGGAGUAGUAGUAAUCCGUUGGAGCAACUAGGACUAUACAUGAAAAUGGAUGAUGAUGAUGAUGAAGAGGAAGGUGAGCUACAGAGUGUCCCUUUUCCAGAGCUAGAACCAGAACCAGAACCAGAACCAGAUCUGGAACCGGAACCAGAACCAGAACCAGAACCCAACCCCAACCCCAACACAGUAAAUGAUGUUGAGGAAGGAGAAAUCGACUAACCAGAUUUGGUUCUUCUGCCGUCACAGACCUGCACCCGCAAGGAGCUUUAAUUGGAAAUUUUGGUUCAGAAGACCGACGUGGUAAAUCUCCUUGAAUGGAUCACCAGAAUAUGUGGCCCCACCCAUUUGCUGCAUCAAGCAAGCCAUUGGGACUGAUUGCAUUUAGACUAUUAGAAGCUUAACCAUUCCUCGAGUUUGAGGAUGAGUUUUUCCUUAAAGAGAGUUUUGUCGUUGAAGCAGAUCUUCACAUACCCACAUCAUGGAUUUGCCUCGUGUUUGAAGAGAAUCCACGGGUUGAUGGUAAAUGGUAAACGGCAUUCAUUUUGAGGGGCUAUGAGAUGUUUUUAAAGGGGAGGAGAACCCCAUUGCUUAGGAGCUUUAUUUUUAGAUGCUGUCGAUAUUAUAGAAGGGACUUGCUCGGUUGCUCCCAAACUGUAAAAAAAAAAAGGAGUGGGGGGUGUGAUAAGUUGAAAUGGCAUUCCUUUCAUUCUUCAAUCAAAUGGGGCCUUUUUUUCGUCAGUGCUUUUUUUAUUUAUGUUCUUGGUUGAAAAUGGGGGGAUGUGUACAGGGUUGAGAGAACUUGGUGCUAAUGAUGGUGGUGGUAGUGGUAGUAGCGGGGAUUGCUGAGCCUGUUUAAAUUAGUGCGUCUCUGUACAUGUCCGAUGGGUCAAAUGAACUCAAAACAAAAACAUAAAGGGGAUAGUGAAAAAUUUUUGUGGUCAAAUUAUUUAUUUGAUUUA